CUUCACGACGGUAAAAACAGUAAAAAUUAAUGCAAAAUUUAGUUAUCACGUGAAAAUAUUGAGUUGGUUUACUUAUUGUGAACAUGAAGUUGUAAGGAAAUUAAGUGAUAAUUAAAGGCAGUACAAGGGAGUUGUUUUUUAAUCGACUCAUUUUGCAUGUCCUCCAGACAUUCACAAUUAGCAUUCGAUAUAUGCAAGAUAUUUAGGAAUCGCACAGGAUGGACGUAGUGCGCAGCAAAAGGGGCAAAAUGUGGAGCCGCGCAGCCUUCGUUUUUCUGCCUCACUCCGUAUAUGCGGCGUCUUCCCAAAUAGUUUACGACUUUCCACCCCCGAAUAACCGUUCUUCCCGCGACACGACGAUCUUCCACCUAAACUGCUCCAGUUCAAUCUGUUUUAUCAACGAGACGGAGGCGAACUCCACCUCCACUACGAACGACACAUUUUUAGGGCUAAACGACUACGAGCCCUUAGCGGAUGUCAUCCUGAUGGGAGCCCUAUCCGUCGUCCUUGGUCUUAUGAUCCUCGUUACCGUUAUUGGAAACGUAUUUGUCAUCGCUGCCAUAGUGUUGGAAAGAAACCUGCAGAACGUCGCCAACUACUUAAUUGUUUCCCUCGCUAUGGCGGAUUUGAUGGUGGCCUGUUUGGUGAUGCCUUUGGGUGCGGUCUAUGUUAUAAGCAACAACUGGAUAAUGGGUCCGGAACUUUGCGACAUGUGGACCUCCAUUGACGUGCUGUGCUGUACGGCCUCCAUUUUACAUUUGGUCGCUAUAGCAUUGGACAGAUACUGGGCGGUAACGAACGUAGACUACAUCCACACAAGAAACAGUUCCAGGAUCAGCAUAAUGAUCUUCGCGGUGUGGGUGAUCGCCUUGGUGGUAUCCUUGGCCCCCCAGAUCCCCCAGUUCAAGGAUCCCGAAUACCUUUACAGGAUCCAAGUGAAGAGACAAUGCUUGGUCAGCCAAGACGUGAAAUACCAAAUUUUCGCCACCAGUUCCACCUUCUACGUGCCCCUGCUGGUGAUCUUCGUACUUUACUGGAAAAUCUUCCAGGCAGCUCGGAACCGGAUACGAAAACGUCGAGAACUGAAGCAACACAACUUUGAAAAAGUGGAAAAAAUCAAUAAUAACAGCAGCAGGAUCGUCUGUUUAAGGUUAACCAGCACCUUUUUGGGGAAAAAACGCUUCUUAAGGGUGAAAAAGUCGGUGGGGAAGAACCCUGCUGCAGAAGCUCUGGUGAACUCGUUGGUGAUGAUGGAGGGCCAAUCGACCACCACCAUGGAGAUCCUGGAGGAGCACGAGGAGCCCACCAGCAGCAACGACCAGGAGGAAGAGACCACCGCUUUCACGAUAUCCAGACCGCCAACUGGUGACGGUGGCGGUCACCAGCAAAUAGUGAAUGCUUCCAAUAACGUUUCUCCGGAAAAGUCGUCCACUAAUAACGGGUCUACUGGACUUGUCAGUCAUAUUAGUGACGCCAGUAAGACGGAAAUCCUCCAAAAGGACCCGAUAACCGCGCACCAACCGCCGCCGGCGUCCGCGAACCUCCCGCGGGAAAAGCACCCGCCAUCCAGACGGGAUAAGAAGGAAAGUCUGGAGGCGAAACGGGAAAGAAAAGCGGCAAAAACCCUGGCGAUCAUCACCGGCGCGUUCGUCAUGUGUUGGUUGCCGUUCUUCAUUUUGGCCCUGGUGAUGCCCCUGUGCGCGGACUCGUGCUCCAUAAGCGAGUUCAUCAUGAGUUUCGCCCUAUGGUUGGGCUACUUCAAUUCGACCCUUAAUCCGGUUAUUUAUACGAUUUUUAAUCCGGAAUUUCGGCAGGCGUUCAAGCGGAUACUGUGCGGGGGACACCGGAGACACCGGAACUUCCGAUCGGGGAAAAUUAGAUAAAAAUUGCUGCUUGCUGCAAAGUUUUUGCUUUAUUAAUUAUUAUUAUGGUAUCGAAUGUUGUAUAUAAGGAGCAUAAGUUAGGUUAGAUAGGGAUAUAUUGUAAAUUUCGUUAAGGGAGAGUAUAAUAGGGUUUCCUGUUUCCUAACAGUAGGGUUAGGAGUAACUUUUUUUUAACUAAAUUACUGUGCGACAUGCUAAUAGUAAAGUAUGGCGUUUAUUGCUAAUAAUCCCCCUUUUAUUCCAGGCAUUUAUGUACCGGAAUAAUUUUUAGUUUUAUUACAGGCACUUGAAGAUUUAAAGAUAAAUUUCCUAUGUAACAGCCUAAAUUAAGUCCGAUUUUGUGAAAAUUUUUUAUAUGGAAAUUUGCCAUAAGGGGGCAUUUAAAAACGUAUUUUUAACUCAAUUUCAAGAAAAUUUGUUGCACUUGGAUAUUAAUUUUUCAGGCAA